AUGCCGUUACCACCAAAUGGAAAAAGUAUACUUAUGACCCCCGAUCCGUUCCAUACACCUGGGUACGGUGGGUUCUGUCCGCAGUUUAAGUAUCAGAUUGGUGAAACAUUUGGUCGCACUACAUCCUGUCUUCUCAAGAAUGACGCUGUAGCCAGCUCUGGAAAAUUAGUACUUGCCGACCUAUCGAAACCACGCCCUAGUUCAGAACCCUCCCACUCAAAGUCAAAUCUUCUAAAGAAUCGUACACAAAGUUGGGGCGACCAGAAACUUCUAGAAAAGAUGGUACCAGGUUAUACAGGUUUUAUUCCCAGAAGUCAACACUAUUUCGGAAACCGAUACGCCAUCAACUGUCGCAGUGCCAUCACAGAUUUUGAGGCAGAUCACAGGCUACACAAUGAGAAGCUACAAGACCUUAAACUCACAGCCGAGCUACAGCAGGGGAAAGUGUUAGACAAAGAUGGUAAACCAAUGCCGGCUAUCCGAAGUCGGUACUUUACCCCACUGACACCGGUUGCUAAGGAACCAAAACCUUACAUAUCCGCUAAUGGUUUCCAGCAUUCGAAGUCUCCGUAUUACAUGGAUAACGAAAAUCCCAAUAAAUGUUUUAUGUCCGGUUAUACAGGAUUUGUACCACGUAGUAGAGGACAGUUAGGAAUGGGCUAUCCCAUCAUCACUCACCAGGGGCUCAACGAGUUCACCAACGACCUGAAGAAUAUGAAGGCAGCCAUGAGCAGAGAUGUUAACCUGAAGAGGGAGGCUCCCAAGGCGAUCAACACUAAACCCAUCUACCCCGUAGAAAGUGGACUGGUACCUCACUACACCGGUCACAUACCAGGUCAAAAGUUCCGAUACGGUGAGACCUUUGGACACAGUACCGAGAAUGCCCUUAGACAACCACCACCAAGAGAACUCAUAGCCUCUAUUUAA